AUCGAAUAACUACACUGUUUGACGGUCAUCUCCACUUUUAGUAUUUGCAUCAGGUGUUCAGUUUAGCUUUAUCUUAGCUCCAUCUUUUAGCACGGCUACACUACACUGUUCAAAUAAACGGUCUAGUAGCCUAGUAAUGCGAAGAGAUGAGCCAGGGCUCCAUGAAAAUGGAACGACCCACGCACUUCGAUGGGUACCCCGUUUGCGAUGCGAAUGCGAUACAGCGUGAUCACAUUUAGGCUAUUUAUAGGAUCUCACUGAGUACGUUACAGGUGUAUGGUCGAGAAAACGCGGAAGUGACGUUAAUGCUCACAAGACAAGGAUUAAACCAUUGGAUUACUGUAAUUUGACGGCCAGAGCUGGAAUCCACCUCUCGGUCUCCGAGUGAAAAAUAAAAACGGUGACAGGCUUGAAGGGUCACGCCAGUUUUGUGAGGAGAACAGUCAGCACUGUACCAGGACAUGGUUAUCAGCUCUCAGAAAGGUCUCUCCAGUAGAAGUAUAAACUAGGCCCCUCCGUCAGUGUGUGGUCAGCGGUAGGCCAGCGAGGCGGGGCGUCCCAUGCACACGCCCAGCGGCACCAUGGGUAGUUCGCCCGAGGUUCUCUCCUGGACCUCCUGCCCAAGCCUGCUGGUGGGCAAGCUCAAGGAGGAGCUCAAGCUGACCGUGGUGGGGGGCGACGUGGCCGCCAAGAAGAACAGCAACCCCCCCAACCACCCCCCCAACGUGACCAACGCAGGGGGCAACCCCCAGGGCCCCCUGGCCCCUAUCUCCGCGCUCCUGCCCCCCUCUGGCGUGCCCGUCGCCCACCUGCCCCCCCAGAUCAUCACGGACUUGGCGCCCCCUACGCACCUGCCCGUGCCCCUCCAGCAGCUGACCCUCCCCGGCCGCGGCGGCCUCGGCUUGGGCAGCGGAGGCGAAGAGGACUGUGCGCUGGGCGGCGUGAGCCCGCCCAUCACGGCGCUGAGCGAGGACUCCACGCGCGAGCAGGACCACUUCGAGAACAGCAUGCUGCAGCUCCAGGAGCACGAGGACGUGGAGGCCGAGUCGCCGGGCUCCUGCGGCCAGGGAGGGUGCCUCAGCGGCGGGGAGGAUGCCAACGAGGAGGGGGGUGGAGGUGGUGGAGGUGGAGGAGGUGGAGGGGGCGAUGGGUGCCCUGAGGACCAGCACGGAGGCGGGGACGGCAUGCACCCCCGAUGCCACCACCACCACCCGCACCCCGACGACAUCAAGCUGCACUUCCAGAGGGCUGGACAGACAGGGGGCUUCCUGGAAGGGCUCUUCGGAUGCCUGAAGCCUGUGUGGAACAUCAUCGGCAAGACCUACUCCACGGAGUAUAAGCUGCAGCAGCAAGACAUGUGGGAGGUUCCGUUUGAGGAGAUCUCGGAGCUGCAGUGGUUGGGCAGUGGGGCUCAGGGGGCCGUGUUCCUGGGCAAGUUCCGCUCCGAGGAGGUGGCCAUCAAGAAGGUCCGCGAGCAGAAGGAGACGGACAUCAAGCACCUGCGCAAACUCAAGCACCCCAACAUCAUCGCAUUCAAGGGUGUGUGCACCCAGGCCCCGUGCUAUUGCAUCAUCAUGGAGUACUGUGCCCAGGGCCAGCUGUACGAGGUGCUGCGGGCUGGACGCAAGGUGACCCCGCGCAUGCUGGUGGACUGGGCGUCCGGCAUCGCCAGCGGCAUGAACUACCUACAUCUGCACAAGAUCAUCCACAGAGACCUCAAAUCACCAAAUGUGUUGGUCACGCACAAUGACGCGGUGAAAAUCUCAGACUUCGGGACCUCCAAAGAGCUCAGUGACAAGAGCACCAAGAUGUCCUUUGCGGGGACGGUGGCCUGGAUGGCCCCCGAGGUGAUCAGGAACGAGCCAGUGUCAGAGAAGGUGGACAUCUGGUCGUUCGGGGUGGUUCUCUGGGAGCUGCUGACAGGCGAGAUCCCUUAUAAGGAUGUGGACUCGUCGGCUAUUAUCUGGGGCGUGGGCAGCAACAGCCUGCACCUGCCCGUGCCCUCCACCUGUCCCGACGGCUUCAAGAUCCUCAUGAAGCAGACGUGGCAGGGGAAGCCCAGGAACCGACCCUCGUUCCGCCAGAUCCUGCUGCACCUGGACAUCGCCUCUGCUGACAUCCUGGGAGCCCCUCAGGAGACCUACUUCAAGUCUCAGGCGGAAUGGCGAGAGGAAGUGAAGAAGCACUUUGAGAAGAUCAAGAGUGAGGGCACGUGCAUCCACCGCCUGGAUGAGGAGCUCAUCCGCCGCAGGAGAGACGAGCUCAGGCAUGCUCUGGACAUCCGAGAGCACUAUGAGCGGAAGCUGGAGAGAGCCAAUAACCUCUACAUGGAGCUGAGCGCCAUCAUGCUGCAGCUGGAGGUCCGGGAGAAGGAGCUUAUGAACACCGGCAACCUCGAUAACGGCAUUCCAGACGCCGCAGCAAGCAGCGAGGACGCCACCGCCGCUCCACUGCCCUCCACUGUGAUGGGCCUGGCCAUGUCCAGCUCCUCCCUGAGCUCGGGGCCGGGCCCGCUGUGUCCCUGCUGCCAGGCGCACCCUUACCCGGACUGCCCGCACUGCCAGGAGGAGAAUGUGCCGCCCAUGCCCGCGGCCAGCCACCCCGAGAUGCCCCACUACUCCCUGCUCAGCACCUGUGAGGGCAAGCCCCAGCCGGCCGCGCCCCGUCUCGGGGAGCCCGCCUCCCGGCCAGCGAGAACCAGGGCGGCAGGGGGGACAGGGGCUUGGGCAGAGCAGGGCCCCCAGAAGCAACCUCCCCUGGGGUGGAUGCAUGCUCCGGCCCCUCAGGAAGGUGGGUGGAGGACUGGAGAUGACUCAUCAGAAGAGGAGGAAGGGGAGGUGGACAGUGAGGUGGAGUUUCCACGGAGACAGAGGCCCCACCGCUGCAUGAGCAGCUUCCAAUCGUACUCGACGUUCAGCUCGGAGAACCUGUCGGUGUCGGACGGCGAGGAGGGCAACACGAGCGACCGCUCCAACAGCGGCCCGCUGGAGCGCCUGAGCGGCAGCCAGGAGGAACACCUGGACGAGCUGCUGGCCCACACGCCCGAGAUCCCCAUCGACAUCUCCACGCAGUCCGACGGCCUCUCCGACAAGGAGUGUGCCGUGCGCCGCGUCAAGACACAGAUCUCCCUGGGCAAGCUGUGCACCGACGAGCACAGCUAUGAGAACCCGUUGCACUUUGGGGACUCCGACACCGACUCAGAUGCCGAGUGUUCCGACGCAACGAUCCGCAACCCCAAACCCUGCGCCCCCUCUUCCUGGUGAGGAUCGGACCCAACCUCGCAAAACCCCGUCUCUGCACGAGGGAAACCAUGGCAAUAACCAACCAGAUUGGCUGUAUGCAGCCACACCCUCAACCCCCCACCUCCCAAACUCGCUGACAACCUCUUCCCCUCCCUCCUGCCCUCAUUACCCAGUCACCUUGGCAACCUAAAGCAGGGAUUCCUUCGAAUGACACUGUAGCAAAAUAUAUAGCAUUCAAAAUUUUUAUUUUUGUUUGAAGUCUCGAGGAAGUGAAAACAAAAUCAGGAACUCUGUAUAGAUAGAAUCAAAAUCGAACAAAGAAAAAAAACUAAACAAAAAAAUAACUUUGCAAUGUAGAUGUGUGGGUGGAGUAUAUGUGCUUGAGUCGACUGAUUUGGGACACUAAUGUUUGUGACCCGAGAGACUGGGCAUUUGUGUAGAAUAUGAAGCAAGUGUGUGUGUGUGUGUGUGUACAUAUGUAUGUAUGUGUGUAUGAGAAUGUGUGUGUCUGUGUUGAGUCCUUGAGUUCUUGGGCAUAGCAGUAGAUCAGUGUGUAGUUGAAGACCAUUCCAUGAUGGGGGGCCAGCUGUAGACUGUCCUUUCUGAAGGGACGGACCUGAUAAGUGUUCCUCCACCUUUGCCCUGCGCAUCCACCUCCACAUAAUCUAGCCAGCCUCCUCUGUCUGGCUACGCAGAGCUACCUGUUGAAUCUCUAGGUUUACAGAAUCAGGCCCCCACCACCACCACCACACACACACACACACACACACACAUACCCCCCUAUUUAUCCCAUCCCCAGCCCUGCCUAUCACCUCAGCAGGGGGGAAUCAGGGAUGGUGUACCCCAAGUUUUUAGACACCAGCAUGAGACGUUCAUCCUCCUGUCUGUCCAUUCCCUCUCUCUCUCUCUCUCUUUCUCCUCUCUCUCUCUAUCUCUUUCUCCUCUCUCUCUCUAUCUCUCUUUCUCUUUUCUCUCUCUAUCUCUCUCUUUCCUCUCUCUCUCUUUCUCCUCUCUCUCUCUAUCUCUCUUUCUCUUUCUUUCUCUCCGCCAACGUGCUUUUGUUCGAAUGGAUCUCUUCUCCCCCAAACCCAACCGUAGAACCCCCUCUCUCCUGCAUGGCCCCCCGCAAGUGUUCAACAAGUCACUGGGUUCGUCAUCACUGUUGUCGCAGAGACCAGGAAGAUGGACUUCGGAGGCAGGCGCCCACCCCCACCUCAGACUGGACCAGAAAGGGGGCGAUCACACAGGAAGCUGUUUGAAGGCAGCGUGCUUGUUUGACGUCAGAAACAAACACACACACACACAACACACACACACACACACGACUAUGCGCUGCUCCUGUCCUUCCCGUUGUUCCUUCAUCUCAGGAGUGUUGGAAAUAGAAGAGGACUGAGAGACUUAAUGGACGAGCACCAACAAAUACAAACAAAGGCCGUUAAGGACUCCUAAUGUAAAGCAGGUUUUAGUCUUCUGGGCAGACCUGCAUCUCUGCUCAUCUAUGUUUGGUUUAACAUGGUUGACUUUUUUUUCUCAUUAUGUUUUCCUGGUCAUUCACCUGCCCAUAAAUAGUAGAAUUCGUGCAGUGUUGGUUUUUUGCGGUGAAUUUGCAGUAUCCCUUUUAAGGAGUUCGCUCAGGCAUAAAAGUCUGUCUUUUUUCGUUGUUGUUGUUUAUUGUUGUUGUUAUUGUUGUUGUUCUUGCCGUUCCUGUUGAUGUUAUUGUUUUUGUUUAUGCACUUGUUUCUUUGUCUGUUUGCGUCGUUGGUGCUGAAUGAGCGUAUAAAUGAAUGUUUACAGAAAGGUAUUUGAAAAAGAAAACAAACACACUAAAGAAGCACAGGCUCGGCUCCCUGCCCGCCCACUGCGGUCAGAUGCUUGGACCAGGAACGAACCAGCAAUAAUGUCGGUUUCCGCUCAGGCUGAAAAUAGGUUUGACCCGCUCAGGAGUGUCCAGCAGGCUGGACAGACAGACGCUCGGACAAGUCAGAGGUGACGUGUAGUGAAAAGCAGCUUUCGAGAUCCUUUAUAUUUUUUAACUGAGAAUUCCAGAAUCUGAUGCUCAGGUAUUGAUUUGACCACAGUGUUCAGCGUAAUAGCAAUGGGUGCCCACUAGGUGGCUGCAGACUUCUUGAUCUACAUAUAUAUUUUUAACCCCCACAAUCCUUGCUGUCAAGGAGAGAUGGUAUUUAAUUUUGCAUUGAGCCCAGUAAGGCUGGAACUGACUUACUACUUAGUGAACUUAACUGUGUCAUACUUGUACAUGUACUGCUGUCACAAAUUUGUAUGUUUUGUUUUUUCUAUCCAAGUGAAGGGAUACUGCAUCUUCCCUGCUAUCUAGGCUAUCCAUUUUAAUAGCUAUCUAGGCUAUCCAUUUUAAUUGUUGUCUUUCAUUUUAUGGUGUAUGUAUUGAAGGUGUCAUUAGAUUGGCCAGUUGUUAACUAGAUAAAAGUGAUAUCUUGUUCUUGUUCGUGAAGAGAUGUUGGCAAACGUGGCAUAGCCUAAGCUGUGAAAUGAAAAUGCUUCAGCCCGUUUCGUAUGGUUUCACGCUUUUGGACAAUUGCCGAAAACAAGUUCCAGGUUUCCAGGCAACAGAAUGCCAGAGGAAGAACUGACUGUCAUAACGUCUAAUGUCUUGAUAUCUGUCAAGCCGCCCGCCUGCUGUAUAGCCACUUUAAUAUCCAGAUCAGUAGCGUGAGAACUGGGUUUUAGGGUUGAGUAGACCAAAUGUCAGCCAACUCAAAAGACAAGAUUAUUGUGAUGUGUGUGGGAUUUGUUUUUCAUGAAACGGGCCCAUUGUGUUGAAUCAAACUUGUUUAUUUUGUUUACGUGUGAUCCACUUAAUAUUACACUAUUCUGACCACCAGAAAUCAAACUGUGGUGUUAUGACAAAAACUGCAAUGAUGACUGGCAUAUGGAAGCCAUCAAUAGAUCCUUGUAAAGUAUCAUUUAUUUUAUUUGUUGAUUUAAGUUUAAUUUAAUUUAAUUUAAUUUAAUUUAAUUUAAUGUUUUUUUUCUCUUGGAUAUUUUGUAGCUGGUCUACAUGAUUAUUAAGUUAACUUAUUAUGGAUAACCUGGACAGGUAAAAGAAAUCAGUGUAAUAAUCUCUUGACUUAUUGACUUUUUUGCUGGCUUGUUUGUUUGUUUUCUUUAUUUUUUGACAUCUCAGUAAUUCUGACUGGAUUGAAAACCUCUGAGGUCUGUAAAGUAAUCAGUAUAGGACACUGUUGGAAAUGAUCAUGCUACCGGACGAUUGAGAUAAAAUCCUCUGUAACUUCUCUUCUUGUCUCUGUCCUCCUCUGACGGUGGUCUUCAGUUCCCUAAUGACCCACUCCUGUAGGCUUGUAGGGCUCCCAUGUCCCACCCAAAGCAGAGUAGUUAUCACAUAUCAGCUGAAGCUGUGUUGACCAACAGACGUAGCCAGUAGGCCAUGACAGAAUUUCACCACCUUGUAGGACAUCCAGGACACCAGCCUCCCCAGGUCAAUCUUUCAAGGGCAUUUCUUUUUUAUCUGCUCCACUGUCCCGUGUUUGAGGUUGCCGUUGGCAACAAGGGAGUGUUGUCCGUGUACCACCUUAUCUAGUAUCAGACCGCUCCGCAGACAGACAGGAGGGUCUGCUUUAAACGCAGGCACUUCACUGGCACGAUGCCAAAACACAUCCAGGAUACAGUGUUAGUUCCUAAUCACACACACACACACACACACUGGUGUAAUCUGGACUCUGGUCACGAUUGCCAGGUUGCAAACAUGUAUUCAGCUCUAGUGGUAGGUCGAAAUUGGUAGAGUUUUAGUGCGUAGACUUUUACAAGCAGAGAAAGACCGACUCCUAGGAGAGGCUGGCACUGUGGCUGUGGAUCCGGCUGGCAGCUGGGCCAAAUCCGGUUGCAAGCCGGCGGCUAUCUGAGCAAGAGGAAGUACCACACUGUCAGGCUAUAGACAUCUGCCAACACCUCAGCCAACGGGUGAUUCUCUCUCUCUCUCUCUCUCUCUCUCUCUCUCUCUAUCUAUCUAUCUAUCUAUCUAUCUAUCUAUCUAUCUUUCUUUCUGUUUCAUCAUAUUCUCUCAUUCUCUUGAAUAUUCCAUAUUACAAUUGCUUCUUUUUCCCCCCCAAACGGUUCUGUUAAUAGUAACUGACUGUGUGCAGAAUGUCAUUUUAAUCUGUUGAAACCUCAUUUCUUCCUCCUGGUUUAUGUCUCUCCCUCUUCCAUGUCUGUCUUUCUUCACUUAUGCCCCGCCUUUUCCCCCCUUCGCCUGUAUUUUUUUUUCUUGAAUGGCGUAAUGAUCAACCAAUCCUGACAGUUUCCUGUAUUAGCCAGUGUACAGUGCAAUGGGGAGAGGGGGUGGGAGUGAAAUCAAAGCAAACAACUGCAUGGAAUAAACACUGCUGUACUGUACCAAA